AGGGACGAGGGAGGUCGGAGCGGCGCGAUGGGGGACUCCAAAGUGAAGGUGGCGGUGCGCGUCCGCCCCAUGAACCGGCGAGAGCUUGAUCUGCAUACAAAAUGUGUGGUGGAUGUGGAUGCAAACAAGGUUAUUCUUCAUCCUGUAAACACCAACCUUUCAAAAGGAGAUGCCAGUAGGACCCAACCAAAGGUGUUUGCUUAUGAUCACUGCUUUUGGUCUAUGGAUGAAUCUGUCAAAGAAAAAUAUGCAGGUCAAGAUGUUGUUUUUAAGUGCCUUGGAGAAAAUAUUCUUCAGAAUGCCUUUGAAGGCUAUAAUGCUUGCAUCUUUGCCUAUGGGCAGACUGGAUCUGGAAAAUCAUAUACAAUGAUGGGUACUGCUGACCAGCCUGGAUUGAUCCCUAGGCUUUGCAGUGGACUCUUUGAAAGAGCACAGAAAGAGGAAAAUGAAGAGCAGAGUUUCAAAGUGGAAGUAUCCUACAUGGAGAUAUACAAUGAAAAAGUCAGAGAUCUUCUUGACCCAAAAGGAAGCCGUCAGUCGUUAAAAGUUAGAGAGCACAAUGUUUACGGUCCUUACGUAGAUGGCCUAUCCAAACUUGCUGUUGCUAGCUACAAGGACAUUGAGUCUUUGAUGUCAGAGGGCAACAAAUCUCGAACAGUGGCUGCAACCAACAUGAAUGAGGAGAGCAGUCGGUCCCAUGCAGUCUUCAAGAUUAUCCUCACACACACACUCUAUGAUGUACAAUCAGGGACAUCAGGUGAGAAGGUGGGCAAACUGAGUCUGGUGGACUUGGCAGGUAGUGAGAGGGCAACUAAGACUGGUGCUGCAGGAGACAGGCUGAAAGAAGGAAGCAACAUUAACAAAUCCCUCACGACACUUGGGCUGGUUAUUUCUGCCCUGGCAGAUCAGGCUGCUGGCAAGAACAAGAACAAAUUUGUUCCUUAUCGGGAUUCUGUGCUCACUUGGUUACUUAAAGAUAGCCUUGGUGGCAACAGCAAGACUGCCAUGGUAGCAACAGUAAGCCCAGCAGCAGACAACUAUGAUGAGACUCUCUCCACGCUGAGGUACGCAGACCGGGCCAAGAACAUCGUUAAUCACGCGGUGGUGAACGAAGACCCCAACGCUCGCAUUAUCCGGGAGCUCCGUGAAGAGGUGGAGAAGCUGCGAGAGCAGCUCACAAAAGCAGAGGCUAUGAAAUCACCAGAACUAAAGGAACGAUUGGAGGAAUCAGAAAAGUUGAUUCAAGAAAUGACUGUAACCUGGGAAGAAAAGUUGAGAAAAACUGAGGAAAUAGCACAGGAGCGUCAGAAACAGUUGGAAAGCCUUGGCAUAUCUCUCCAGUCUUCGGGAAUAAAAGUUGGGGAUAAUAAGUGCUUCCUGGUUAAUUUGAAUGCUGAUCCAGCGCUCAAUGAACUUCUGGUGUACUAUUUAAAGGAGCACACGUUAAUAGGCUCAGACAACUCUCAAGAUAUCCAGCUGUGUGGAAUGGGAAUUCUUCCUGAACACUGCAUUAUAGACAUCACCCCAGAAGGACAGGUUAUGUUAACACCUCAAAAAAAUACUAGGACGUUUGUAAAUGGUUCUGCUGUCGUAUGUCCUAUCCAGCUACAUCACGGAGACAGAAUCCUGUGGGGAAACAACCACUUCUUCAGGCUGAAUUUGCCGAAGAAGAAAAAGAAGGCAGAUCAUGAGGAUGAAGAGCGAGACAACUCUAUGAAGUGCAGUAAUAGUGUUGAGCAGCUGGACAUAGAUGGAGACAAUUCUAGUGAAGUGUCUAGUGAGAUUAACUUCAGCUAUGAAUAUGCCCAAAUGGAAGUCACUAUGAAGGCUCUUGGUAGUAAUGAUCCAAUGCAGUCAAUCUUGCAAAGCCUGGAGCAGCAACACGAAGAGGAGAAGAGAUCUGCUCUGGAACGACAGAGGCUGAUGUAUGAGCACGAGCUGGAGCAAUUGCGAAGGCGACUGUCGCCAGAGAAGCAGCAUUUCCGCAGCAUGGACAGGUUCUCCUUCCAUUCCCCCAGCGCCCAGCAGCGCUUACGGCAGUGGGCAGAGGAGAGAGAAGAAAUGCUGACCCACAGCCUGAGAAAGCUGCGAGAGCAGAUUGUUAAAGCAAAUUUGUAUGUGAGAGAAGCCAAUUUCAUUGGAGAGGAACUGGACAAGAGGACAGAGUAUAAAGUUACCCUCCAGAUCCCAGCUUCAAGCCUUAAUGCUAACAGUAAGAGAGGUGCAAUUCUCAGUGAGCCUGCCAUUCAAGUGAGAAGGAAAGGGAAAGGCAAACAGAUUUGGUCACUGGAAAAGCUGGAGAAUCGAUUGGUAGAUAUGAGAGAUCUUUACCAGGAGUGGAAAGACUGUGAGGAAGACAACCCAGUGAUGAGAGCUUACUUCAGGAGAGCUGAUCCGUUCUAUGAUGAGCAGGAAAACCACAGCCUUAUCGGAGUAGCCAAUGUUUUUCUUGAGUGCCUGUUCUAUGAUGUGAAGCUGCAAUAUGCUGUUCCAAUCAUCAAUCAGAAGGGAGAGGUAUCCGGUCGUCUCCAUGUUGAAGUUGUUCGAGUGAGUGGAGAGAUAGAUGACAGGUUGGUUGGAGGUGAGGAUAGUCCAGACUAUCCAACUGAAAAUGACACUCAGGAGAGAAAACUUGUCUGCCAGAUUAAAAUACUUCAGGCUACAGGUUUGCCACAGCACCUCUCCAACUUUGUGUUCUGCAAAUAUACAUUCUGGGAUCAGCUAGAGCCAGUUAAUGUUGCACCCGAGGUGGACCCUUCCUUAUCUUCCAUCAGCAAGGAGCCACGGUGCAUGGUUGUCUUCGAUCACUGCAAUGAAGUUUCUGUAGGUAUUUCUGAAGACUUCAUGGAACAUCUUUAUGAUGGUGCUUUGGCAAUUGAAGUAUAUGGGCACAAGCAGAGUGGUGACCGCAAAAAUCCAGCCCUGUGGGAUUUGGGAAUAAUUCAAGCCAAAACACGCAGCCUUCGUGACAGAUGGAGUGAGGUAACGCGAAAAGUAGAGCUCUGGGUUCAAAUUCUCGAGCUGAAUGAGAACGGGGAAUACUGCCCAGUUGAGGUGACUCCUGCCAAGGAUGUAAGCACAGGAGGCAUCUUCCAGCUCAGGCAGGGGCAAUCUCGACGAAUUCAGGUGGAAGUGAGAUCUGUACAGGAAUCUGGGACCUUACCACUGAUGGAGGAAUCAAUAGUAUCUGUUGGCAUUGGUUGCGUUCAAAUAAAACAUGUCAAGCCACAAAAAGUACCUGAAAAUUAUCAGGAAGAAGAGGAUGAAAUGGACAGUUACCAGGAUAGGGAUUUGGAGCGGCUCCGUCGGAAGUGGCUGUGUGCCCUAACAAAGCGUCAGGAGUAUCUUGAUCAGCAAUUGCAAAAGCUUGUUGGGAAGCUUGAUAAAACAGAAGAUGAUGCAGAUCGGGAGGCACAGCUUUUAGAGAUGAGGCUAACACUCACUGAAGAGAGGAAUGCUGUAAUGGUUCCUUCUGCUGGCAGUGGGAUCCCUGGAGCUCCAGCAGAGUGGACUCCUGUGCCUGGUAUGGAAAAUCACAUUCCUGUUAUUUUCCUUGACUUGAAUGCUGAUGACUUCAGUUCCCAAGAUGACCUUGAUGACCCAGAAGCAGGUGGGUGGGAUGCUACUCUUGUUGCAGAAGAGGAAGAGGAAUUCUUUGAGCUGCAGAUUGUGAAGCAUCAUGAUAGUGAGGUGAAAGCAGAAGCCUCAUGGGAUUCCACAGUCCAUGACUGUAUCCAGCUCAGCAAAGGAACAGCAGCAGAUGAAAGAGUUUACCUGAUAGUGAGGGCCACUGUCCAGCUCAGCCACCCCGCAGAAAUGCAGCUGGUGUUACGCAAGCGCAUUUGUGUUAACGUCUAUGGCAGACAGGGUUUUGCACAGAGUUUCCUCCGAAGAAUGUCUCACCGGAGUUCAAUUCCUGGCUGUGGUGUCACUUUUGAAAUAGUCUCAAAUAUUCCAGAGGAUGCUCAAGGAGCUGAAGAGCGGGAGGCACUAGCCAGGAUGGCAGCAAAUGUUGAAGAUGCAGCUUCAGCUGACUCUGAGGCCUAUAUCGAGAAGUACUUGCGGAGCGUCCUGGCUGUGGAGAACAUCCUCACCUUGGAUCGUCUGCGCCAGGAAGUUGCUGUAAAAGAGCAGCUAAUGGGAAAAGGAAAACUCUGCCGCAGGAGCCUGAGCUCUCCCAACGUGAAUCGCCUUUCUGGAAGCCGCCAGGAUUUAGCACCCCUCUAUAACCUGAGCAGUAACCGGAGUCCAAAGGUCCCAGCAGAGGGCCGAUGGGAGAGUCAGCAAGAUGUGUCCCAAGGUGCCACAAAUUCCAGUAGAGGCAUUAGUCCAUCUCGUACUUCUCUGCCAGGCUCUGCACAGCAAAACCACUCUCCUGAUCCGGGUAUUAGUAGCCUUGCUGCUUCCUAUCUGAAUCCUGUAAAGUCCUUUGUGCCUCAGAUGCCAAAGCUGCUGAAGUCUCUCUUUCCUGUUAGAGAUGAAAAAAAGGGCAGGCAGACCUCUCCUCUUGCACAGCAGGCUUCAUUGAUCUGUUCCGAUUUGGGUCACCGUCUGCUUCCCAGAGCCCCAGUGCGUGUCCUAGCUGUCCCACGAAUCAUGGUUCAGUCUGCCAGUGUUGAUGCCAGUGCUGCAAGGAUGAAACAGAUUAACCAAGAAGAAGUAGGGAAACAGCCAUUUGAAACUCCAGUGCAGAUGUCUGAGGCAGACAAGAGUCUGGAAAAGACACCCAAAGUGCCUUUGCAGCAGCCCACAGGAGACACCCAUGUGCAGGACUCCCAGGAAGGACCACCCAGUCCUCUGAGUGAAGCCUCCAGUGGGUACUUUUCUCAUAGUGUCUCGACAGCCACCCUUUCCGAAGCCCUUGCAGCGGGAAGUGAUGCCAUGGCUCAACCAGGAGGUCCAAUGCCUGCAGUGAGUGACUUCCCAGCUCCCACUCUGGCUCAGGUCUCUUCUUCUGACAUGCCAGGGCACUCAGACAGUUCUUCAGAAAGCUGUCUUAGUUCUAAGAGAGAGAGUCUUCCACCCUCCAGCCUUCAAGGUGCUCACGCCAGAUCUAAAGACGGCACCGAAGUGAAUGGAAACGAUGCUUUGAAAUCAAAACCUUGCACAUCUCCUGUGACUCCAGGUGAGCGGGCACAUGGUGCCUCUGUAGCCACUGAUGCAAAAACCUUCAUUUCUACCUCCACUCUCAAGAAGGAGCUGUCAUCCAAACAAUCCAUGGAGUCAGCAGGACAAGCUAGGAAAAAAGAAAUGGCUUCUGGGGCUUCAGAACUGGGGUUUCCCAAUCCACAGGUUCAUCCCGACCAGUUAUCCCAGCCCGGUGUUGCAGCCUCCCCCUUCAAAAUCCAGAAAGUGAAGACGUCAGAGCUGAAGUCCUUCUCAAGCAUGUUGGGGACAGAUCCUACAUGUUCACUGAGCACCGAAGAGCAGCAAGAAGGAGAAAAGAGCACCUCCACUGCCCGUGGACUGAACCAUCAUGGAUCAGAGAUGGCAGAAGAAAAACUGGAGGUGAUUUCUGACUCUGAAGAUGCCAAUGAAAUUCCGGAGUGGCUGAAGGAGGGAGAAUAUGUCACAGUUGGUGCAAAUAAGAUGGGCACCGUCCGAUAUAUUGGACCCACAGACUUUCAAGAGGGAACAUGGGUUGGUGUCGAACUGGAUUUACCUUCAGGUAAGAACGAUGGCUCCAUUGGAGGGAAGCAGUACUUCAGAUGCAACCCAGGCUACGGAUUGCUGGUGAAACCAGGCAGGGUGAAGAAGGCCCCCGGGCCAGCCCGGCGGCGCAGCGCCGGCUUGAGGUUGCAAGGAGGAGUCGCUGCUGAGAACAGGAAAAGUGGCAGCUUCUCAGGGUCAACCUCCAACCUGGCCUCACUCACAGCCCUGGCAAAAUCAGAAGGAGGAUCCACGUUACGACCGGAGAGGAGCCAGAAAACUGCAGAGAACAGGAAAUCCUGGGCAAACUGAGAUGGUCCUGCCUGCCUCAGCAAACACCCUGCAGCACAGCCAGGGGAGCAGGUCUUUGGGAAGCUAAACCAACCCUGUGAACUUCUAGUUUGUGGCAAACACUAAUGAAGGGGUUUUUUCUCUGCUUUGGAUGAUUGACGUGUUAAUUCUUUGCCUUGUCAUGGUGCUGGCUCCAUGUCUUUCGUUUCCUAUUACAAAUUGUGACGCUUCCGGCUGUGACUGAUGGUAGCUGGUGAGAGCUGGUGGUGGUGGGUGGGUGUAAGCUGUGCUCUCUUCCAACUUUUAGAGAAGGAAGAGACACAUAAAUUGUUGAAAUUAUGGUGUGGCAUUCCAACAGCUACAAAAUGCUACCCACACACCGGUGCUUCUCUUGGUGUGACUGGCAAUUAAAAAAAAAACAACAACAAAACCUCCCUAAAAUAACAGUUUUAAUUCUAAUUUUAUAAGAUAUGUGGCCAUAUCACAUAAUACAUGGUGAAAGGGCAAGGUUAGAAGGAUUCCAGACAAGCAGAGAAGGGAAAGUAAAGCUUUAUUUGGCAAAAAAAGAACCAAAAACUCCAUUUAUUUGAAAAACCAACAGCUCUUUGGUUAUGUGACCUGGGACCAGUGCCUGUUUCGGUUACUGUGCUAUCAUCCCUCUCUGUGGAAAUCAGCACAAUCUUUCUAGUUGAUUUGUUGGGAAUGGGAGAGGACCCAUGACCCCCUCUGUAAUAUUUUUGAUCCCUUUUCAGGAAAGAGGGGAGUUGAUUAAGUUUGCUGUCUGUAAUCUGUUUAACAUGUGCUCUCACCAUGACAGGAUCCCCUCUCUCACUUGCCCCAAAGCACAGCAGGACCUUCUUCUCGUUGGUUCUCUCCUUUGGGCCAAGAGGGUUUUUGCAGAUACCAGCACUUCGUGCUUCCAUGUUCCCACCCAGCCUUUGGAUUUUUACCCGUUCUGUAAAGCCAGGGGGUCUCUGUCCUUGUAACGGGAUUAACCCAGCCUAUUUAUUUUUAUUUAUUAUUUUUAAAUACGAAAUGAUUGCGCUUCACAAUCACCCACCACCUGAUGUUGCACAGAGGAGCUCCACCAGCACCAGUCAAUCCAAAGAGGAGGUGCCUCCCUCGCCAGCUCAGCCGUCCCAGCACAACAAACCCCGCUGAACAGAGGAAGGGUCGUCCCCAAAACUCUUCUCCCUCUUGGAAGUGGGAGGUUUGGGCUGGCUUUUAUAAAACUUUAUUUUAUUUUUGGUCACCCUUGCUAGUUUUUAACUGCCUGUGGCACAAGUUAACCUGUGAUGACUCUAUGUGGGUGUCUAGCUGUGUGUGUGCAGACCAACGUGCACAUGCUCAUUUUCUAACAAAUCAAGAAAGGCCACAGACUUUUAUUUUCUGAGCUGUUGAUGUCUUGUUUAGUCACCACAAGGGGAAUGGACAAUUUGAGCAAUAGACGUUUUAUCUACGUGGGGAAUAUUUAGGAUGCUAAAUUAAUGAUUAAACUCUAAUACGUAUCUAGUCGCUGGUCGUGCUGCAUGUGAGUAUGUAAGUGCCUUAGCCAUCUGGUUCAGAGGUCCAAGGGAAAGAGACAUUGCCAUCAAAGGAGAUAGAGUUGCUUAGCAAAGGAGGUAACUAUGCUGAUUUACUGUAAUUAAUAUCAUUUAUGCAGAAGGAAUAAAAUUAAAAUAGAAACUAAUCUGUAGCAGAAAUAAGCGGGAUGGGUUACAAUGCAGCAUGCAGAGUACUGCCAGGGAUUCGUGUAUCCUUUCAGCUUUGUGUGAAUAGUUUCAGUGUUUCUGAAAUUUUCAUAAAGAAAUCUCAGUCUAUAACAUGUACAGACCAGCUUUUAAAGAGAUUUUUAGUGUACAGUUUUCCCUCCUUUUCCUUUGCACGAAGCUCCUGUCCGUUGAAGCCAAGAGGACGGGAGAAACACGGUAGCAAAGAAUUCAGACACUAAAAUCCUGGUUUUUAAAAUUGUAACUUUUUAUAGACAUGACUCAUGCCACAAAACGACUUUGUUUGGGGGUCUGAUGAGUCUUGCUGAUGAAAGGCCACCUGCUAAUUUAAUAUGAUGCCUCUUUUACUGCCUUGUAAGUUUUCUAAAAUCCAUCUUUCCUUUUUUUCUAAUUGCACUUUAUUCUGAUGUGCUGCAGACAGUUGGCUAAUGUGAAACAGCCCCCUCACCCAGAGUUGUGCUUUUCAGUCUCAGCAUUUCAUUGACCGGAUUUAGGGAUAUCUUUAAAAUGUGUUGAUGUUUGCUAGGUGGCCCUUUUGGAGGAGAUAUGAAGGCAAGAACCUGUCCAGGUACUUUUGAAGCCUCUUUCCUUGCACCACUGUCUCUGAAGACUGGAGUUCUGUGGGACGGAUGCAAAGGUACCGAAGUUGGAGGAGCAAAAGGGAAGCAGGAGGCAGUUGGGUUAAUAGUUCACUGUUUAUGCCACCCACUAUAAAUUCCUCUGGCUGUAUUUGUCCUACAGCUCUGUCCACGUAAGGAUGUGUUUCAGUGUUUGCACAUGUGGAGCACGUGGUUGGAUGCUGCAAUCGCCUGAUAGGGGGUGAAUUUCCCCUUCCCCCCACCCUCAGUCAUGUUACAAACCCGUGCUGGGCCCAUUGAGAGGGGAUUGAAGCGUGGUUUGGACAGAACGUACUCGCUGUCUGCUCUGGGAUAAAUUGUUCUGGAAGCAAACAUCUUAAAUAUGGCAGGUGUGUUUUGAAACAUCAGAGGAUGAUUAGUGUGACAAAGUGGCUCCAUUAACGGAGAUGGUUGACUUUGGUGGAGGGAGGAUUUUACUCAUAGCUUUUGGUUUUUACCAUCUUGUUUGACUUUUGAAACUAAACCUCUCCUCAAAUUUCACCCUGACACCUGCCCCCCAAAUGAAGCCAUCCUGAAUGAAUCGCCCUGAUGUGACACAACCUCCAGAAAGCCCAACAAGUCAAAUCUGGCCAUGAGGAUGUUCUUCAAGGAUUUCUCUGACUCCCUGCUCCUCACCCCAGCUUCCCUGGGCAUGUGAGGUUUCUUCUAAGGAUGUUUUCUAAUAUUUUGGCAGAGUGAGUGCACAUCCCUCUACUCAAAGCCAUCUGUUACUUUGCACCAGCUAAGCUGACUAACCAGAAACCAGUUUAAAACCAUAAUGAAGGUUAUAUUUAUUUUUUAUUGAUAACAUUAGAAAAACUCUACACUCAGCAUAAAGGAGGAGGUGCUCUUAACUGGAACUGCCAGCAACUGAGGCUGGCAUGUUAAUAGCUAUGCAUAUUUUCCAAGAUUUUAAUGCACUUUAUACAGGGGAGGAGAAUAUUUAAUGCAGGAACUGUCAUUUGUAGCGAGCGUCUCAUCUUGUGUCUGCUCGGUGGUGCAAGUUGCUUUCUGCAGCCCUGGAACUGUGGGUGGGUCUCACGUUCUGAGUCUAGAAAAUUGUGUUGGUGGGUGGGAAAUGUAAUGGUCUGGACCUGUGUCCUCAGCUCUACAGGUCCUUUCCUCCUCACAGGGCGCAGGGUUCAAAGUGUUGUGUUGUUUGCUCCGAGUCAGCCAAGAGGAUGUUAUUUUUUGGAGGGACUUUCUUGGGUUUUAUUUCCUGUGUUAUGUUCAGCUCUCAGUGUUUUGGUCUCUGUGUCCAAAAUAAUACCUUUUCAGUUCAAGGACCUUGGGUCUUUGCUGUUUAAUGAUGUAGAUUGAGAACUAAUAGAAACAAGUUUUGUGUGGUAAUACUGCCCGAGUCCUUAAGAAGAGAGUUUUGCCUGUGGUUGAGAUGGAAGCUGCCCCUGAGGUGGGAUGUUUGCACUCCUAUGCACCAAGAAAACCCCCAAGGUCCUGCCUGUCAGUCAUGACAACCUGUAUGAGACGAGCCUGCUUGUUGAACAGACCUGUUUGUACUGUCAUGGACCUGUUGAAGGGUCUUUGCUGUGUUGAUGCUCAUGUGAUCCCUAUGCUGGUACUGCCUGUACUUUGCACAAGAAGUCCAGUUCUCACAGUGCCUUAUACCUGGAUCUGCAGCCCACACAGCAAGGGGCUGGGUUUCAUCCUGGCCCUGGGGCUGUGCCUGGCUUUUAGGAAAGGGAGUUCAUGAUAAGCAAAGGUGCAGACUGGUCACUCCACAGAGCACCCUGGACCUGGGGUCACAGAUGAGUGUCUUGUUCCUGGCUCUCCUUUAUCUGUCUUUGGUUUUCUGCACUCUCCACCCUCCUCCUAAGCCCCUGGUUGUGUUUCUCCUCCCCAGGCGAGGCUGCUGCUGCCAGCCCUGGCUCUCCUGGGCUCAGCCACCAGCAGAGCCUCCUGGCACAGCCCGAUCCUGGCACAGCCUGGGCCUGGCACAGCCUGGUCCUGGCUCUGGCAUCCCAAGGCCACUGCGGAGCCAGCAGGGACGUGGCUCAGGGCUCCAUAACCCCAGCCAGGGAGGAGCCUGGCUCAGAGCGGGAGGGUGUGAGGAGGACAUUUCCCCUCCACCGGCCUUCCCUGCUUGACAGGAGCGGUACUGUUGCUCAGCAGAAGGCAGCUGCUCCCCCCCUUGCAUUUCCCUGCCAAACCCAUUUGGAAGCCGAUCCAGGAGCCGCGCUCCAGCCGGCAGGGUGUGAACUGACGGGUUCCCACCUCACCCCGGGGCUCACUGGAGACAUCCUUGUCCUGGGGCUGUCCCUCCCUGCCCACCCUGCCCCUUGCAGCCAACCUACAUUUUGCUUUUUCCACCACCGCCACCACCCUCUGUGUCCUGGGAGAGCCUUUUCCAGCUUGUCUUUCUGUUGAUUUCUGUAAAUGUAGUGGGUCUGUAUAUAAAGAGUGGCUGUUCACACUGUGGUAUUAUUGUGUCGAUCCAUGUACUUUAAAUGAGCUAAAAUCCAAAGAUACUUUGUAAUGAGCUGUAAAGUUUUUAAUUAUUUCUGUACAAUACUAAAUUACUGUAAUAUUGUAUUAUACAUGCAAUGCAGCCUGCAGUACCUGAAUAAACAUCUUUUAGAGCCGAGAA